CUUUUUAAGCUACUGCAAGAAAACAGACUAGAACAGUGAGGAUUAGAACAGACAUACAGUAAAGUACUACAUAUUUACAUUUUCUUUUAAUAAGCAAUGUAUUUUAAGAUUUCCUGUCUAGGUGAUUUAAAAAAGGUUCAUUGAGCGUUUCACAUAAAACGCUCAACUUCCUCUUCAUGACAGUAUAGGUGACAUAUCACCACAGCAAGACAGACUCCAUCCGUCUGCAAUGGAAAUGGGUCACAUUCUCAUGUUCUUCAUGACGGUUCUGAUCUCCAGCACAGCAUCCGGAUCUGAAGACCAUGUGUUUAUACAGACAGGGGGCACUGUUAAGCUGGAUAUAAAAAUUAAAACACUGCCAGAGUUUUAUAUAUUAGUCUGGAUGAUAAAUAAAUCAGAAAAUAUAGUGAGAUUCGAAAGUCAGUCUGGAGAUAUAAAAGAUUACAGUUCAUAUAAGAACAGAGUUGAGUUCAAUACUGAAACCUUCUCUCUAACACUGAGGAACAUGCAGAAGACAGACAGUGGAUUCUACAUGGCAAAAACAAAAGGAGAACAAGAAAUAUUUGUUGCUGAACACAACGUAUCAGUUAUAGAUCCAGUGGAUUCACCUAUUCUGAAACAGAACUUUACCAUGAUCAGUGUUAAAGCCUGUGUUGUGAACGUGUCAUGCAGUGGGCGUGAUCAUACAAUCAACGACAGAUACCACAGCAACAACUGCACUCAGGAGGAAGUGACAUCAUUUGGAAUCGACACUCUAACCCUGUAUUGCAUUGAGAACGUAGUUGUUUGUAACUACAGCAACCCAGUCAGCUGGAAGAAUGAAACGAUAGAGAUUAACCAACUUUGCACACCUCAUGAAACAGAAAAUCCCAAAGACAAAAACAGUUAUUUUCCUCUCCUUUGGCUCUUGGUCAUCGCGGGUGUUCUUCUGUUGGUUUUCACAGCAGUUUCUGUAAUAUUCUGUUCUUCCAAGAAGCAUAAAAAGGAUACCCAACAGAAUGAUAAUACAGUCUAUGCACAAGUUCAGCCAAGGAAUGAAGUACAAAGACCUCUGGAGAUGCUGGAAAAAUCAGCAAAUCCUCAAACUGUGUAUGGAUUUACAGGAGAACACAAACAAACUCACAAUACCAGACAAAAGAUGCCUAGUCCUCGGAUGCAGGGACAGGCACAAACAGAAAAUCGACCCAACACCACCUACAGUACAAUAGGACAACACCAAAAACCAUCAUUUGACUCUGAAACAGACCAUACCAUUUAUUCAAUAGUGAGUAAAUCCAAGCGUGGCAGACAACCUGUAGAUAAACAGCAGAGGCUAAAUAUGUAACAAAAAAAAAGUGCAUUUGUCAACAGAUAUCUUAAAAUAGUUCAAUAAUACAGUGAUAUUUGUUUAGCUAAAGUUGCCUUAUUGCCCUUAAACUUUGUUUGUUUGUUUAAUUAACUGUGUUAAUUUUUUAUUGUGCUUUUUUACCCCCAUUAAAACAGCUCAUAAUGUUAAUUGGACUUAAACAUUCAUUGGAGUAUGAUUUAAUAAAGGUUAGGCAUCAUGCUUUUCUUUCUUAUAGUAAUGAGAAACAUUUAUUUUUACGCUAGAUGGCAAUAUUACAGUAUCUUUAAAUAUAAUAAGAAUGUAUGGCCCUGUUUUAAUCUGCAUUUAAGACACAUUUUUGGGAAAUCCCUUACAAUAUGAUUCCAUUUGUUAUAAUUAUACAUUAUACAUUAAACAUUAACUAAUAUUGGUUAAUACUUCUAAAGAGUAACCAAACAGUUGCUGGUCCCCACUUUAAAAUCUUUUUCAAAUCUAGGAUCUUCGAGGUUCAGCAAGAAUUGGUUUCUUUUUGUCAGUGUGGUGCUAAACUACUUCGAAGUCAAGACAACAGCAGUGAUUUAGAGUUGUUGUUUUUUUUUCUUUAUUUAAUGGUUGUUUAGCAUUUUCAAUGAGUUAAAAAAUGUAUUUAUAAACAUAUUAUUAUAUUAAAAUAGCAGCAGUUUCACAUGUGUGUUUUAUUGUUCCCGUCAUUCCAGUGAUAAAUGUUUUAUAAACAAGGACCAGUUCAAAGCUGGAUUUGUUUGAUACUGAAAGAUAGAGCGUGAUAAAGGAUCCCAGUCAUGAUUCUGAACUGUAGGCAGUAAUUGAAACUGCAUCAAAUUUCUCUUUAGCUCUGGCCACGGCAUGCUUCCAGGAGCUCAGCUGUUUAUGGAGAGAAUUGCAAAUCUGUAUCUUUCUUUUAGAAAUCUGAUAA